AUGGUGCUGCUGGCCGGGCCCGGGCCGGAGGGCGGCGGGGCGGGCUGCCUGAGCCCGCAGCCGCCGUCCCCACCCCGGGGUGCGCAGGUCGAGGAGGAGGCCGUUGAGUACGAGGAGUACGAUGACUUCUCGAGUCUUCUAGACACUCGCAGCAUCGCUUCGGACGACUCCUUCUAUCCUUUCGGAGACGAGGAGGAGCGCUGCGCCGAGAGCUCGGAGAACGUCCCGGCCGGCAUCCCGGAGGCGGCGACCCUCCUGCGCGCCGCCUGCGCCAACGACGUGGGGCUGCUGCGGGCGCUGGUCCAGCGCGGGCCGAGCGUCGAGGAGGUGCAGGAGACCGAUCGCAAUGGCCGGACUGGCCUCAUUGUUGCCUGUUACCAUGGCUUUGUGGACACCGUGGUGGCCCUAGCAGAGUGUCCCCACGUUGACGUCAACUGGCAGGACAGCGAGGGGAACACGGCCCUCAUCACAGCCUCCCAGGCAGGGCACGCCACCAUCACCAACUACUUGCUGAACUAUUUCCCUGGUCUUGACCUUGAAAGGAGGAACGUGUUUGGGUUCACAGCUCUGAUGAAAGCCGCCAUGCAGGGACGGACAGAUUGCAUCCGAGCCCUGAUGCUGGCAGGGGCCGAUGUCCACGCGAGGGAUCCCCGCCGAGGGAUGUCGUCCCAGGAGUGGGCCACUUACACGGGCAGGGUGGAGGCGGUCCGCCUCAUGCAGAGGCUGCUGGAGCGACCUUGCCCGGAGCAGUUUGGGGAAAAGUACAAACCGGAGCUGCCGCUGCCCCUGGAGGCGUCAGUGAAGCCCGCAGGCUCCAAAAACUGCUUGCAGAGGCUCACGGAGUUCGUGCGCUCCGCGCUGACCUCCCGCUCCAGCCCGGGCCUCGAGGAUGGCGGCGUCCUGGACCACAUGGUCCGCAUGACCACAAGCAUCUACAGCCCCGCCGUGGCCAUCGUCUGCCAGACUGUGUGCCCCGAGAGCCCUCCAUGUGUGGGGAAAAGGCGACUGGCGGUGCAGGAAAUCGUGGCGGCUCGCAGGGAGCAGGACACCCCAGCCCAGGAGAGGGACAGGCUGGAGGGCAUCGAACAGGAGUUACGGACCUCGCAGGGCGCGGGGGUCUCCGGUGCGGGGGCCCCGGGAGUCACCCCCGCUCCUGUCCACCCUCCAGGGGGCCGGGGGGCCGGCUCGCGCAAGGCCAGCCUCCUGCCCCUGCAGCUGCUGAGGCGGAGCAGUGUGCGGCCGGGCGUCGUGGUCCCCCGGGUGCGCAUCAGCAAGGCGCCAGCGCCCACCUUCCAGCCCGAGCGGCCGGCGCGGAAAGCCAGCACCAAGGACAGCGCCCACCUGCAGAUCCCCAAGUGGCGGUACAAGGAGGCCAAGGAGGAGAAGAGGAAGGCGGAGGAGGCUGAGAAGAAGCGCCUGGCCGAGGCGCAGAAGGAAAAGAAGGAGAGGCGCGGGGCGCUCUGGAGGAAGAGGACGUGA